CUGUUUUUACUUUUGAAGAAGUGGUCCCCAUUUACUUAAUUUUGACUGCAACACUGUUUACACCUGAAAUUCCCAACAUGUUUUGUGGACUCAAACCCUUCACCCACCCUUCCAUCGGCUGGCCAAUGACAGACAGUCUGCCGACAUUUUGGACUUCCGCAUGAUCUCAGUUCAAACUUAGCGCGCGAAAAUCUCCCUUUAACGAAACGAUCUCUCUUUAAAUCACAUCUACGGAAACAACACGUGCAGGCUGCUGAGUGAUGUCGCACACAAUAAGCACACGUGUCUUGCAGGCGCUGGAGAGUCUGACUGGUACCGACCUGGAGAGGUUUUGUUUCCAUCUGAGAACCCGCAAGGACGAGCCGAAGAUCGGCCGCAGACAGGUGGACGAGACAAAUCCGGUGAAGAUCGCAGACCUCCUGGUUUCCAAGUUCACGGAGCUGGGAGCUCUUAAAGUGGUUCUGGAGACACUGAGGCUGAUCGGCUGUAACCAGGAGGCUGAGACACUGGAAUCAGAGACCAAAGCUUGUUUGGACAAAGGUGAUCCUGAGACCUCUAACGGGAAGUUGGACAGAAAGCCUUUGCAGGAGGUUACGAACUAUGCCGACGGGAAGUUUCCUUUAAAAGCUGCUCAACAAGGAGAUGCUCCUGUGAUGAUGAUAAAGCAAGAGGAGGUGGCUGAUCACAAGAAGGAGGGAGAGCCCUCAGUGAGCCAGAUGACCGCCCAAAAGGUUUUGGAAGAAGUCAGAGCCAGAGAUAGAUCCCUCCAGCCAGGCCAAGAGGGAGAGGCCCUCGUUGGUUUUGGUCGUCACGAAACGGAGACGCUGAAGGAUCUGUAUGAGUCGAUGGAGGAGGACAAAAUCAGCUAUGUCCACUACCUCCGAAGAAAGAAGAAAUCCUGUCGUCCUGGGAGCAAGAUGGAGGUGGCCAUUAGAUACAUUUUACAGCGCGACCAGGGGCAGGAUGCAGCCUCCACUGCUCCCAGCAGAUCCCUCCCCAGGGCAACCAGGAAGAAACGGAGUAACCAACCCAAGGUGAAAAGGACCUGAUGGAGGGCACAACACUGUUCACCGUUACUGACUAAAUCCUCUUUGGAGGCUCCUGUGGCAUACAAUAUACUUCUCUUGGGAUCAAUCAAGUAUCUAUGUAUGUCUCUAUCUGUCUAUCUCUCUAUCUAUCUGUCUAUCUGUCUAUCUGUCUAUCUAUCUAUCUAUCUGUCUGUCUAUCUUUCUGUCUGUCUGUCUGUCACUAUAUCCAUGUGUUUAUCUAUCUGCCAUCGUUAGAUACAAGUACAAUCAUCCAAAGCCAAUUAUUGAGGGAGCAUUUUCUAAAGGGCUUACCCUUUGGUGAGAAAAUAUCAUGUCAAAAUGCAUUAUGAGGAUAAAUGAUUCAGUGCCUAAUUGUAGCUUGGACAGAUGGAAACAUCUUCUCUAAUUGUGGUCUUCUUACUUGUUUUCUUGUUUUUAAAAUGUAGAGUUCUUUUAUCUGAAUGAUUGUACGCUAAUGUAGCCUGUUGAUUUGAAAUUGCCGGUGACUGAUUCAAUUCAAUCAUUAAAGCCACAGAGGAAAAGCG